GUAGCAACAAGAGAAACAACUGCAGCAGAUAGUUUGCUUGCUAGUUUUCCUAAACCUGGCAUCUUCCUCAAUGCAAGCUGCAGACAGGGGUACCCUUCCAGAGGAUGUCCAGAAGCUCUUUGGAGAUAUUGAAGAUUACCUGGAAGGGCUGCAGAAAGAGAAUCUUAGUGCUAGAGCAAAGGUGCAAAUGAAUGACAUCUUUUUUGUUAUUGAGCAACUUAAAGAAAGAUAUCAUUGGGGAUUCCAAUCCGGAGGAAUUCCAUCCAAGCUUUAUCCAACACAAGUUUGCUCUGAUGACAACCAGAACCGGAAUUUAACACCACCUGUGACAUCAGAAGCAUCCUUCAUACCCAGUUAUGCUGAAAAUGCUGAAACCAACUUUCAAAAGGCCAUUCAGGAGCAAGGACUCAUUCUAAAACAAGGAUACUUGGAAAAACGAUCCAAAGAUUCCAAAAUCUUUGGCUCUGAGUGGCAGAAACGAUGGUGCAUCCUUGACAAUAUGGCCUUCUACUACUAUGCAAAUGAAAAAAGCAAACAACCAAAAGGCAUGUUCCCCAUCAAGAACUAUUGUGCCCGGCUGGCUCCCUAUGUGCGCAAGGACUCGCGAAGAGAUUGCUGUUUUGAACUGAUCUGUCCUGGAAAACGUACCUAUGAGUUCACAGCUGCUAACCCUGCAGAAGCCAUGGACUGGGUGGAUCAGAUAUCAUUCCUGAUGAAAGAUAUGAGGUCAACUGAUAUUCCCUGUGAGGAUGAGGACAGCAACAGUGAGAAAGAGGAGGCUUAUGAUGAUGUAGACAGUUUUGAUUCCCCCAGUGUGGCACUUCAUCAGGGUACCACUUUGGACCUGGAGGAAGACGAGACCAGAGAAGAUAGUGACGAGUGCAUUUAUGAAGUUCUUCCAGAUGAGGAUCUUGACUUGCUGGCUCCAAACAACAGAGAAGCUGCUGGAACUAUAGAGGAGACAGAAAAGGUCCUAAGAUGCUACUCAAAUUACUAUCAAGGUCUAUGGGACUGUACUGGUGGCCACCAAGAUGAGUUAUCCUUCCAGCGGGGUGAUCUGAUAUAUAUCGUCAGCAAGGAAUACAACAUGUAUGGCUGGUGGGUUGGAAAGCUGAACAAAAUGGUGGGGAUUGUCCCAAAGGAUUAUCUUAUGCCUGCCUAUGAGGUGGAAGAAUGAUGAACAGCAGAUAACAUGGUUCUCAUCUCUUCCCAUCCCUUGGCUUUGCUGACUCAAGAGAAACAAUUCCCGGUACCAUUUUUGCUAUUUUGAAGAAAGAGUCAUCUUUCCAUCAUUUCUUUAAGGCCUUUUUACAGUGAAAUAUGUUAUCUUACAACCUAGAGUUUGUCUACAGUACUUUUUCAAUUGGGCACAUGCCCUUGUUGUGGAGUGUUUUUCAUGCUAAGGAAGCCUAGCAUGCUAUGUAAUUUGGAAGAAUUGCUGUGCUGGUUCGGAUGGAGGUGGUUACUUCUGUUUGCAGGACACCCAAAAGGAAGGAUGUUUUGAUGAUAUUUCAGAAUAAAUGCUUCUGUCAUUCUCUGA